GUUAGAGAUUGCUGUAGAUCUUCAGUGAGAAAUUAACAUAGGCGGUGAGUGGACACAAUAAAUAAGAACGGUGGUGUCACGACAGUUUCAAGUAGAACGAUACACUUUAACAGCUAGAACGGACACAAUCAUUCACGGUUUUACAGUUAUUGGCCGCUCCCGAAUAACUACAACUGCACCCGAAGAUGGCUGUCUUCUGGGUUGUUGCGCCGUGUAGUCUGGUAUUAAACACUAACCACUUGCGUUGAACAAUCGGUUCCAGGUGGGGCACAUCCUAUUGCAUUAAGUUACUGAAAGCCGUACGCGUGUUUCUAUAGCAACACACAACGAACCAUGUUAACUCAGUUAGUGGAGCGACGUCUGUGGGUUUCCAUCCCGGGUACAGCAGCCAGAUUGGUCCUGGGGCUCAUCUACCGUCCUGCGGCCGGAGCGUGCAGAGUUACCUCCACGUCCCUAUUAGCAUUGUUGAAAAUGGAGGUUUGGCGCAGGGGCAUCUUUGCAACACACAACGCUGAACUAGGAGUGUUUGCUAUGGCACUAGCUGUGAUCAUUAUGGCUGAAGAGGGAACACAUACUGAGAAAAAAUUAAACAGUCAAACGAUGAAAGAGGACACAACGUUUGAGGAUGAGAGCAGCACGAAAGAUGAGAAACUAGAAAUAAAGGGGGAACAACAGGAAAGAGAGAAGCAGACGGAGUACGAGGAAGAAAUAUGCCAGCAUAGGAAAAACGUAUCAAAAUAUGAGGAAGAAUGUAAACACAACGAACAGUCUGUACUAGAAAAUAAAGAUAAGGGACUACAGAGCCAAGGAGAGGAAAAUACGAAAACACAACCCGCUGAUAAAGAGAAACACUUCAACGCCGACAUAAAUCCAAAGGAGGGUGAAGUUGAAGUAUCAGAACUGCACCAUUACGUUAAAGAAUGGCGUAAGGAAGAAGAAGGGGAAGAGACCAAAGGGAAUAAACAUAAGAAUGAAACUGGUGAGGGCAUACAACAAGUGAAGAAAUCAGGUUCUCUGGAAGAACAAUCAGAUCAACAAGAAGCUCAAAAUAAUAGACUGGAGAAUCGUCAGCAAACCCAACAUCUGGGUCAUCUGUCUGAGGGAUAUCGUGUAACAGAACCGGAACACGAUGAAGAACAUCCGGCAGAGAGUCAGAGAGGGUUAAACUACUUGUCCAACUACCACGAAGAUCACAACGGACACAACUUACAAUACGCCUCCAAAAUCUUCGAACAUAGUUUUUUGAGCGGGCAUUAUGGUGUUCAGGCACACACGCUAACUGAUAAAUAUCCCGUUCCACAGAAUUUCCCGGUUUACAUUCCAGAAGGAAAACAUGCUUCAUAUCCUGUUGUGAAAACAGUGUCAUAUCCUACGAGACAACACGUGUCCCGUCCUGUCCCUACCAUAGUACACGAACCCGUUCCGUACACAGUCUACAAGCCCAUACCUUUCCCCGUCAAAGUGCCCGUAACGAGACCUUACUUUGUUCACGUGCCUGUGGAAAAGAGAGUUCCGUUUCCCGUUCACGUGAAAGUACCUGUACCACAGCCGUACGCAGUCCACGUACCGAAGCCAUACGCGGUACUUGUCGAGAAAAAGGUUCCUGCACCGUAUCCCGUACGCGUUGAAGUGCCCGUUUCUCAGCCGUAUCCCGUGGAGGUCAAAGUACCGGUACCUGUGGACAGGCAUGUGCCUGUUCCUGUCAAGGUUCCUGUUGAAAGGCCAAUUCCUGUGCCGGUGGAGAAGCCUUACCCUGUUAUCUUUCAAAAGGAAGUCCACUAUCCUGUCGAGAAGAAGGUUCCAUAUCCUGUCAAGGUGCACGUGGACAGACCGUAUCCCGUGCCCAUAGAAAAGCCAUAUCCAGUCAAAGCGGAGCAGGAGAUCCCUUACCCAGUGGAGAACAAAGUCUCCUCCUACCCGGGCGAGAAGAAUGUGUUCUACCCCGUGGAAGUCGCUGUGGACAAACCAAUCCCUGCUGCAGCAGAGAAGCCAUACUCAGCGUCUGUAGAGAAAGAGGCACCGUAUCCAGUUGAGGAGAACUUACCAUACCCUGUCAAGGAAUCCGUUGUGGAGCCCACGCUGCAUCCUGUGGAGAAGUCGGUAAUUUACCCAAUAGAAAUAACCGUGCCCACAUCACAGAAGACCGAGGAACGCAUGGAGGAGGGAGGGACGUUGGACGACAGUUUUGGAGAAGGACAUCAAGGAUAGAACAAAUGUCAUGUGUCUGUUUUAAUUUUUUCACGAUUGUUUCUAGUUACAAAGAGCUGAGCUACUUGCACGUGCCUACAGCCUGCCUCAGUGUUCUGUUUUACCAUUGUACCAUAAGCAAAAUGUCUUGUGCUAAGAAUUACGCAUGCCAUGAAGCACAGUCUCUGUCUGAAUACAGAGCUAGACACACCACUGCAUACAAACACGUAUAUCAACCGCAGAGGUUAAUUGAUGAGAACAUGAUUCACUGGCAACUUGAGAAAGAUUGGGGGGAAAACAUAUUCGCUCUCGAGGCAUUAUUCCGUAAAUCCCACGAAUGACUGAGAUAAACCACAAAAGGUCAGAAAAUAUUUACCAAGGAUCGAACGAAGAACAUCGGAUACACAAUUCAACGCGUUAAUAGUAACGUAACAUAUCCAUUAAUUUGUUGGUAUGUGAAGGUUAGUCAACAGAAAAUAUAGUACCGUAAAGAAGCUUGUUCCGGAAGACGGUUGCAAUUGGGAGAUGACGUAUAUAUAGUUCAUCAGUUCAAGGAAUAUUAGAUGGUCGAAAUGUUAUUACUGACCUGUUACGCAACAAAUGUCGUUUUAAUUAUUUUUUUUACGUCGAGGCGGCCAUGGAGUGAAAAUGAAAUUACUUUUGUUCAACGAUGCCUGCAGUGAAUAAACACACAUAAAACAAAAGACAGAAAAAGUUUAAAAAAUUAGUCCACAGUGAGCCGACGCUUGUAAAAAAUCGUCGAGAAAUUUUCAGUUCCAGUUAUCAUAUCUAAACACUUCAUUUAUGAUGUGUAUGAAGUGGACACAAAAUACUUGAAUAAGGCAUGGGGGAGACAAAUUAAAACCUAGUUAAAAAUGAGCUGUUUGUUGCAGCAAAGGAGUGAGUAGUGAAGAAAUAAGAGGUCGAAACCUAUCACAUUCAUUCCCUAAGAUAAUUUCUCUAUACAGAAGACUGCAUGCCUAACAACGAGAUUUGUUUACCACAGCUUAAUAAAACUAUCUGUAUCGGCGUUAUUAUCCUGACACACCUAGCCUUCCAUUCCCUAUUCCCACUUAUAUAUUUUACAAAUUUUAUUCUCUCGUUUACAUAUAGCUUUUUUAAUUAUUUGCGUAUGUUACUUUUUGCAGUAUCAGUACAAUACAGUUAUUCUCUCAUAAUUUUCAUCCUCAUUAACAAAACGCCAUUUUCCACACAAAAGUUGGUCUCUCUACUUCUCGCCCGAAAAUACUUCAACACAAUUUGCAAACAUUAUCUUACCCAAACUGGCAUUAUAACUAACACGAAAUAUUAUUUCGUUAAUAAGGUAGGAAUAGUAAUUAAUAGUUCAUCCUCUCUGUUAAUGAAGCAUUAUAUUUCCUUUAAUAAAAAGGGUUUUCAAUCGUUUUAGAAUAUUUUACAUCUGUUCGCCAGUCCAUUUCACUACAAAGUACAAUAUAAUAAACAGAUUCUCGUUCGUAUGCUAACGAGACUAUGCACUCAACUUGUGUCUGGGCUGCAAAAUUAUAGAAAACUGAAAAUGA